GAAGUCCACUUCCGCCAACGGCCGGGGCAGUCUAGUAAGAUGGCGGGAAUGGAGCUGUUGUCUGAUCAGGGUUAUCGGGUCGAUGGCAGGAAACCCACCGAGCUGAGGAAAAUACAGGCGCGCAUGGGAGUGUUCGCGCAGGCCGACGGCUCAGCUUACAUCGAGCAGGGAAACACCAAAGCGCUGGCGGUGGUUUAUGGACCACAUGAGAUACGUGGUGCCCGUAGUAAGGCCCUUCACGACAAGGCGAUGGUGAACUGUCAGUACAGCAUGGCGACCUUCAGCACGGGUGAGCGUAAGAGGCGACCUCAUGGUGAUCGUAAAUCUUCUGAGAUGACCCUGCACCUGAAACAGACAUUUGAAGCUGCUAUUUUAACUCAGCUUUACCCAAGAUCCCAGAUUGACAUCUACGUGCAGAUCCUACAGGCAGACGGUGGGAACUAUUGUGCCUGUGUUAACGCGGCAACUCUGGCAGUGAUCGACGCGGGAAUCCCCAUGCGAGAUUAUGUGUGUGCCUGCUCCACGGGCUUUAUCGAGGACAGUCCCUUGGUGGACCUCAGCUACAUCGAGGAGUCUGCUGGGGGCCCUCAGGUGGCACUGGCCCUGCUCCCCAAGUCCCAGCAGAUUGCUCUGCUGGAAAUGAACUCGAGGCUACACGAGGACCACCUGGAGAAAGUGGUGGACGCAGCGGCCAAAGCGUGCGGGGAUGUGUAUGCUGUGCUGGACCGCGUGGUCAGAGAGCACGUGCAGGAAGUCACCACGCUGGUGGGGGAGUGACGGACAGCGGAGACAGACUAUUCCAUGUUAUAGGGCUGAUGUUUGUGAGAGUUCCCCUCAAUAAAAGAGAUACUUCUUUUUACUAAAGGAUUA